UCCUUUUUCACAGUUGAGCAAUAAUGAAAUGUAACCAACUUUUAUCUCAACUUUCUUUACUUAUCAGCCUAGAUUCUAACAUAAAAUUUAUACUAAGCUAAAAAUGAAAAAACUAACCAAACUACUAGCAUUGUUGUUCCUAAUUACAAGUUUUGUAUCAAUCCAAAUUUCUUUAUCCAAUGCUCAACCUCCUCUAAUUGAUCCUUACUCAUUUUUCCACAUUAUUCCGAAUCCGGAUGGCUCAAUCACUCGAAUUAAGGAGUUCUACCCGACCGUUCCACCCAACACUUCCUCUACUAUUGCCUUCUCUAGAGAUGUCCCUCUAGACCCCGUUAAAAAAACGUGGGUUCGACUCUACUUACCCAAUAAGUCAGAACAUGACUUUAACCUUCCAAUAAUUGUUUUCGCCCAUGGUGGUGGGUUCAUUAUACUUAGCACUGCCACCCCUAGUGUUGACUCAUUUCUCUCAAACACCGCGAAUAAACUUAACGUGUUAGUUGUCUCCGUUGAGUACCGGCUUGCCCCCGAGCAUCGCCUUCCUGCUGCCUACGACGACGUUUUGGAUGCCUUGUAUUGGGUAAAAGAAAACAAAGAUGAGUGGGUGAGUAAUUAUGGGGAUGCUUCAAGGUGCAUUUUAAUGGGGGAGAGUGUAGGGGGUAACAUUGCUUACAACGUAGGAUUACGAGCGUCUGUUCUAACCCGUGAGCUUCAACCCUUAGUUAUCCGAGGUUUGGUACUAAUCCAACCGUUCUUUGGAGGAUCAAAUCCGAAUCGUGUCAAGUACGGUAAUUUACAAAAAAUGAUUGAUUUUUUGUGGCAUUUGUCUUUGCCCCUUGGUGCUAACUUGAACAACCCUUAUUUUAACCCAAUGUUCGGUGGCGGAUCCAGAAAUUUGGAUAAUAUUAAAAGUUUGGGUUGGCGAAUUGCAAUUGCAGGUUGUGAUGGGGAUUUUAUUUUCGACAGGCAAGUGGAAGUGUUCGAAUUUUUUAAGAAACAAGGUGUGAAUGUCAUUAGAAAUUUUGGCAAAGGAUUUUACCAUGGUGUUUUUAUUGGCAAUAGUACUAAAGCUCAAGAGCUCUACCAAUUUGUGCGCAAUGUUUUUUCACCUUACAUAACUUGGUAAAUGUUUUUAAUGCUUUUAUACUCAAGCUUGCAUUAAUUAUGUACUCAUCCUUAAUUGCGCAUGUUAUCUUUUUGUUGCAUUUCAAUAUAUCGAGUGAUAUAUGGCCUUUAACCAAAAAAAAAAUGAUAUAUGGCCCAAUAAUGCAGACUCACAAACUUGAGCCCAUAUUCCUUGGGCCUUUCUAUCAGAAUUAACUACAUUUUUUUUUUUAUCCUAAUUAAUAAUGUACGCAUUAUUGACUUUAGAAUUCUAAUUUAUAAGUUAUUAAGUUGAUAUGUGUUUUUAUGAAGACAAUAUUUUGAGUAUAAGAGAGGACCAAAAGAUUUUCAUUACCAGUAUUUAAAAAAUGUUUGUUUUAAAAAAAAUAAUAAUAAAAAAAAAAUCUCAACAAACAUAGUAUUGGCACAAGAGAUCGACAAGACACUUGAAUGUAAGGCUUAACGAUUAAUUAAUAGCUAAAUUUGUUAGUCAUAUUUGUUUGUAUUGGAAUAAAUAAAUAAAUAAAUAAUUAAAAAAAAAAUAGAAACAUCUACUACUUACUCGUAGUAAAUUGGACUACACAUAGUCCAUUAAUGAAACUUUUGACUUUUAAACAAAAAAUAACAAGUUGAAGUUUAUGCAAUAAUAAUAUUCCUUAUGUGGUGGCAAAAAUUUCAUGCAAUGAAAAAUAGAAAUCAAACGCUAUACCCACAUUAUAAUCCUCCAAACCACAAAUUCUACUUCUUAUAAAACUACCAAAAAAAAAAAAAAAAAAAAAAAAAAAAAAA